CUGUGUCGUGCUGCAGGGACGGACAGACAAGGCAGACAGACGCUCCCGCAGAAGUCAGCCUGGAGCCUUGGGGGGCUGCAACACCCCUGCCCUCCAGGCCCCCAACCGUGGCUUGCAUCAGACCUGAUACUCCUUCUGCCUUCAGAAAGGGGAAAAGGCACCUGGGCUGACUUCCCGCUUUCUUUUCCUCUUGUGCCUGUAGGGCCGGAUCCCUGCGGCACCUCCAGGCUCCCAAAAACCCAACCCCACCCCCAGCCUCAGAGCCUAGAGCCGCUGGUUCCUUCUUUGGGCUGCUCUGGGCUGGCUUUGGGGUGUCGAGCUGGGUCCCAUCCCAGAGCCCCUCCUGCUUCCCUCGGGCCAUGAUCGACGUCUCUAUCCCAGCGGCGGAGCCUCCAGCGGCAGCGCGGAGCCCUGACAAGGGGCACACGGUGUUCAGGGUGGAGGUGCUCUGCAAUGGUCGGCGGCACACAGUGGCCAAGCGCUACAGCGAGUUCCAGGCACUGCACAAGAGGAUCAAGAAGACCUGUAAGGUCCCUGACUUUCCACCUCGUCAUGUCCCCAACUGGGUGCCCAAAGUGCUGGAGCAGCGCCGGCAGGGUCUGGAGCUUUAUAUCCAGGGUGUCCUCUACCACAACAAGGAGCUGCCCCAGGAUGUGCUGGACUUCCUGAAGGUGCGGCAUGGCCAGCAGGACUCCAAGGCCAGCAGCCCCUUCAGCCCCUGCCAGCUGCCUUCCCAGCGGCCCAUCCUCAGCUUCUGCACUGACCCCUACGUGCGGCCGCCAGCCAUGGACCUGCUCCCCAACACUGUGCUCAGGGGCGUGCUGCAGGGCCUCUACCUGCCCCCCAGCCCAACAGCACCUCGAGCUCCUGGCCCACCAGGCUCCUGAGCGCUCAGCUGGCACCAUGGCAGGCAGGCAGGAUCCGGGCAAUGGAAACAAUCUCUGGGCAGCAAGGGCAGGAAAACCGUGGGAGAAACAAAGGGAUAUGGUAGGAGCUACUCUCUGGGCACCCCAAAGUUCCUUUGCUUGGAGAACAGCUCUGCCUUCUGCCAAGAUAAUCUGGCGGUGUGGCAGGAACCUCAGAACCCCAAAUUGUGUUGGCAAAACCCCUCAGCAUCCAGACUCAGGUGCAAUAAAUCACACGGGCUUGAUGGGCA